CCCCUUCUCUUUUUUUUGUAACCAAAGCUGGAUGUGUAGAACGUCACAUAUUGUUUCCCUCUUCACUCCGGUCACUCUAGCGAUAUGGGUUAUUUACUGUUAAACAGCUACAGACGCCGAACGCACAGCCGGCGCCUGGAGUGAAAGUGUCUCUGAGAGACACGGACUAUACAGAGUUUCUCUCCAGCCUUCGAUAAGUGAGGAUAUAACAACAGGUUAACGAAAGUGAGAAUUGUUUUUUAAAGGACGAUAGAAUGGCGAGUCCUCCAAUACUGGGGGGAGGACACUUGUUAUCCAACGCGAACAUUAGUAACACCAAGAUUAAGAAAUGUGGAUACCUCAAGAAGCAGAAGCACGGACACAAGCGCUUCUUCGUUCUGAAGGAACCGGGCGAGGGCUUCCCCGCCCGGCUGGAGUACUACGAGAGCGAGAAGAAAUGGAAAAACAAGUCAGCGGCAAAGAGGGUUAUACCUCUUGACUGCUGCCUCAAUAUCAACAAGAGAGCAGACGCCAAACACAAACACCUUAUCGCCCUCUAUACCAAGGACGAAUAUUUUGCCGUUGCGGCAGAUAAUGAAAAAGAGCAGGAUAAUUGGUACCGAGUCUUAACGGAUUUAAUGAGCGAGGGCAAAGUGUACUCCGAUGGCUCCGCUUCCAAUUCCGCUUCUUCGCUGGUGGGGUUUGAUGAGGCGAACUACGGGAUGAUUACGCCGGUAACUGCCGCGUAUAAGGAGGUAUGGCAAGUGAACCUGAAAUCCAAAGGGCUGGGGCAGAGCCGGAAUCUGACCGGGGUGUACAGACUGUGUUUAUCCAGCCGGACUAUCAGCUUCGUAAAGCUCAACUCGGAUGUCGCGUCCGUCAGUUUACAGCUGAUGAACAUUCGGAGAUGCGGGCACUCAGAGAGCUUUUUCUUCAUCGAGGUCGGACGGUCAGCAGCCACGGGACCAGGCGAGCUGUGGAUGCAGGCUGACGACUCAGUGGUGGCGCAAAACAUCCACGAGACUAUAUUGGAGGCCAUGAAAGCCAUGAAGGAGCUGUCAGAGUUUCGGCCGCGCAGCAAGAGCCAGUCUUCAGGCACUAACCCCAUCUCCGUGCCGACCCGGCGGCACCUCAACAACCUUCCUCCAAGCCAGACCGGGCUCCAGAGGCGGUCGCGCACUGACAGCAUGGCCACAACUUCCCCAGUUAGUAAAUUUACGUCCUGCCGGAUACGCACUGCCAGCGAGGGCGAAGGCACCAUGGUGCGCCCCAUGUCUGUGAACGGGAGUCCCCUCAGCCCCGGUAUUCAACCGAACCUAUUAGGGAGAUCAAACACCAUUACAGCCCGGCCCUGCCGGACAUUUGAAUCCUCUUCCCUCCAGCACAGUAAGUCCAUGUCCAUGCCUCUGUCCCACUCCCCACCCACAGCCACCCCCAGCCCUGUUAGCCUGUCCUCCUGCUCGGAGAGCAGUGCUCCUUGCCCCUCCAGCUGCAGUGCCUCGGUCUCCCCCAGUGAUGGGGGCUUCAUCUCCUGUGAUGAUUAUGGCUCCAGCCCUGCAGGCCUGCACCUCACCCUCCGCAGUAACACCCCAGAGUCCCUGAGGGAAGACACACCCCCUUCCCGGGAAGGCAGCAACCUGCACGGCUACAUGGUGAUGGAGAGACAGAACGGUUACCGCCGGUUACCAGAGCUGGACAAGGCAUACCGGAAACGCACAUACUCCCUCACCACCCCGCGCCAGCACAGGGCACCGCCCCAGGUCUCCUCUGCCUCAUUGGACGAAUACACGCUCAUGAGGGCCACCUACACCAGUGGUUGCCAAUCGGGUCGCAGCUCUCACAUGGCUUCCCCAAAAGUGACCUAUCCCGAGGACUAUGGCGCUGUCCAGAUAGGCUCCAACGGUCACCUAGGCGACAGUGGCUACAUGCCCAUGACUCCAGGUGUGGCCCCUCAGACAGCGGGGGUCAAAGGUAAUGCUUACAUGCCCAUGAGCCCCAUGUGUGUGUCGGCCCCAAAGCAGAUCAUCAACCCCCGCUCUCACCCCUCUCCAGCUGGGAUGGGUCCCCAUACAGAUUCCCCUGGCAGUGUGUCUCUGGAGGACAGCGGCUACAUGAGGAUGUUCUGCGGGGCCAAGAUGUCUGUGGACAGCUCAGAUGAGAAACUCACCAAUGAGGAGUACCUCAACAUGUCCCCUGUGGACCCUCUGGUGUCCUUCACUCCCUCAGACUACUUCCUCACAGACACUACCCCCCAGCCUCACCCUCACCACAGACAGCCUUACUCCAUCAGUUCCCUGCCCCGCUCUCUCAAAGCCCAGCCCCAGAGGAACGGUAUCUCAGACACAGACCAGUACGUGGUGAUGAGUCUACAGAGGCAGAGGAUAGAAGAGGAGUCCAACUACUGUCCCAUCUCACCAGUCUCCAUCGGUACGUCCCCCACCAACACCCUCUCCUCAGCCCCCUCGAUCCUCAGAGCCGGCAGGGUGACCCAGGAGGGGGGUCUGGUCCACAGGGGGAGGGUGAGUCGACCUACCCGGCUCGCCCUUGACUCUCUGAGGACACUGCCCUGUAUGAGCGAACACCCUCUCCCCUCUGAGCCCAGGAGUCCCGGGGAGUACAUCAACAUAGACUUUGGCAACACCACACGAUACCCGCCUGUCUCUACCACGACUGAAAGCUCUGCUUCAUCGCUGGGCUCGGUGGACGGGCCGGCGAGGAGUUCCCCGCCACUCUCCGAAUACGUCAACAUCAACAUCAGCUCAUGCUCUUCCAAACACAGGGAUUCCCCUUCUUCAAUAGGGCGCAUGGAGCCGAGUCCUGUGCUCCUCGUGUGUCCCAGCCAGCCUCACAGAGAGAAUCAGAGGGAGAGAGAGGAGGGGGAGGAGGACGAGAGAGUCGUAGUGGAAUAUCCUCUCCAAAAGCAUGUGAGCCCUGUGUGCCCGGUUGGAGCUGUAAAAGACGACUACACUGAGAUGACCUUCAGUCCUACCAACCCCUCUGUCUCUCUCCCUGCCUCUCUGUGCCACUCUGACUCCACUACCCCCCUGCCUACCAGCCCCUCGUCCUGCAUCCAGAGACUCAGCCUGGGGGGAGAGGGCGUAGUGGUGGUUCCCCCUGCCCCUGUGGAGUCCUUCCUCCUGGGGGGUCCCUCCACCCCCCCCGUAAACCCAGACAGGGGGGCUAAGGUGAUCCGGGCUGACCCCCAGGGUCGCAGGCGCCACAGCUCCGAGACCUUCUCCUCCACAACCACAGUAACGCCAGUGUCUCCAUCGUUCGCCCACGAUGCCAACAAGCGGCACAGCUCGGCGUCGGUGGAAAACGUGUCGCGGCUGGUCCGGAGCUCGGAGGGCUCAGACGAGGAGUAUGGGAACAGCAACAGCCCCAUGUGCCGGGAGACGUCGGCGGGCUACCAAAACGGACUCAACUACAUUGCCUUAAACCUGAUGGAAGGGAGCCUGGGGGGUUGCAGCACUCUGGGGGGCUGUGAGGGACUGCUGAGGUUCAAGGCAGCAUGUGGAUGCAAGGGGGGCAUGAACAGUUUCAACGCCAGCCCCUAUGCCACCAUGGGCUUCAAGGAGACUGCAACAGCAGUGAAAGACUGAAAUCCGAUGGGACCACCCCCCCUCCUAUACCCCCUGUUCCCCUCUCUCUCUCUCUCUCUCUCUCUCCCUCUCUCUCUCUCACUCACACUCACUCUCUCUCUCUCUCCCUCCCUCUCUCUCUCUCUCCCUCUCCCUCUCCCUCUCCCUCUCCCUCUCCCUCUCCCUCUCCCUCUCCCUCUCCCUCUCCCUCUCCCUCUCCCUCUCCCUCUCUCUCCUGUCUGUGAACGAUGGAUAACGCUGCAGCCUAGUGACAAGGUCGCCACGCCAACAGCUGGACCAUGUGCUGCAGUAGACAAACUUUAACCUCCACCAUCCCCUCCCCUAGGGGUCAACAGGGCCACCGUCGUCACGACAAUGUGGACACUUGACCCCCCCCCCCCAAGUCUCCUAUCUUCACUCCCCCCUCUCGGCACCCAGACAUUGAGGGGCCGUCGCUGCUGCUAUCUAGACAAAUAAAAAGAAUGUUUCUUCAAAGAUUAUCUAUGUACAUUCAAAGUUACUUCUGCAAAAUGAUAUUAUUAUUAUUAUUAUUGUUAUUAUUAUUAUUCCACUGGUUAUCGUUUGGCUUUGGCUGACAGGGCCAGUUAACCUCACCUUGAACCAAACCUCAAGAUAUGCGAAACACACGUUAUACAUACUUACACAUGUUUAUUUAUUUAUAUGUGUGCACUUAGUGGUGCAUGUGUGUGUGUGGAUGUGUACACUGAAUUUGUACUGCAGAGAGGUGGCAUUUUACGAAUAUAUUCAACAACGUAGUAAGUUAGCAGUUGCUUAAAACCCCUACCUCAGAGCAAACCAGGUUAGUACUUAUUUACACACCAGAAAUAUAUAUCGAGAUAUAUUUAUUUAUUUUCAGAGGUGAAUGUUUUUAUGAACACCAAUCCAAAGCCUUACUACUCUCCUGUCCGCAGUUUCUGAUGGACGUUUAGUUUGGACCUAUAAACACGCAGAAAAUCAAAGACUUAAAUCCAUUGCCAUGGAGACGGAAUGCUUGUCUGAGCAGCUGAGGAGGAAGAAAUGUCUGUCUGACCUCUUUCCCUCUGCAAUCAAAGAUUAUUGAGAUUAUUACAGUUCGUUCACAUAUAGUUACUAUAUAUUAAUAUGCCAUAGUAAUAUAUUUAUCAUUGCAUACAGAGCUUACGAGAAGAAGCUGUUCGGCAUUAUUCAAUACGCAAGUAAAAGCCAGGAGAAUGGGAUCCAGGAGGAGUUUUCUAGAAUAGGACACACAUCAUCAUCACAAACAUCCGCAUGUCCCAGUUUCACCUGUGCUGGUGGUCUGUUGUUAAUGCCUAGAACACCAUCAUUGAGACAAAGCCUUUAUAUACUUUAACAGAUUACCUAGUUCACUCACAAUGACCCACCUGUGACACGUUAUUCUCACCUGAUGCCUCAGCACGGCACCUGUGGUUAGCUGUGAUAGGCUAUUUGGCACAGAGGUGUGCUGUCAUUGGGCUGGUGGGCAGACUGACGACUGGUUUUCAGAGAGGUUUUGACAUGCCUGAAGAACAUGGCUGCUGCUUUGGGCUGUGAGACAGGAAGGAAGGAGGAGACACACCAGAGUUGACGCUGCACGGUCUUGCACUUACAAACUGCCUAGAUUGUAAACACAAGACACUUGAAUGUAGUCUAUUCCAUGUUCUCCUAUUGGGGAACGUAACCACCUUGACAACGAGUGGAAAUACCACAACAAUAAUAUCUACGACAACUGCUACAACAUGCAGAAUAAGACAAAAGAAACAGGCAAAAACAUAACGAUCAAAAAACGGAGUAAGGACGAAGAGUGUCGCUUACUUUGUCAGUUCAUUGGUACUCAACGUUCGCCUAUAUACUGUAAAAAUGUACAAAUACAGAGAAUAGAAUUGAGCGCAAGCUGAACCUUUUGUUUGAGAGACAUUUUAAGUUAAAGAUGAUAAAUUAUGUUUGUACUGUUUAUGUGUUUGGAGUGAAUUCCCGGAAACAAUGAAAGCACUAAUUAUUAAGUUAUAUACAAGCAGCAAUGUUUGGCCUGGAUUUUAAAAUGAUUAUUACAGGAUGGUCUUGUGAAAUGAUUGCCUCUACAAGGACAUUUUCUAAUGCUGUAAUUCCGAGAAAUACUUUGAGAACAAAUGAUUCAUUAAUACUUGACAUAUACACGUUUAUUCUUGCUACUUAGGUACAUUUCACGAAUGGCACAUGCAAUAUUUACAUUUUAAAGACAUUUGUUUAUAGAGAGGUACCAACUGUAUAAUAAUAUGUUAAUAAUGUUUGUUAAACCUUAAAAUAUAUUAUUUUUUUGUUAUUUGUAAUUUUUUUCUGCCAAUUGAUAUAAUGGAAAGUGUUCUGUUUGUUUUUGCUAAUAGAGCGUAUUGGUGAUUUGACCAGUGUUUUUUUGCAUUUGGAUAGCGUUCCUGUUGGGUUUUUAUUUAGCGUCUAAACAUUACGAUGAUAUGACGACUUAGCUUAACUUGCUGUGUCUUCCAUUGUAAAUACUUCAUAUCUCAUGACUUAUUGAGAUGCUACUAAGAGAUGAUCAGUUAAACCUAGUGUAGUUGCCAUGGCUUUAGACUGUAUUGAUUCUUUAUAGACACUUGCAAUAAAGAAUAACAUUGUUUAAGAAAGCUAA